GUCAGAACCCGGAAGCAGGAUUUCCCUGGAAGCUUGUUGUGUUUAACGCUGCGUCCUGAUCUUGUGGCUGUUCCGUGAUCCUGCGGCUGUUCCGUCCUUUCUGUCGCUGUCCUGUCGCUCAUCAAUGGAAACUAACACAACACGUGUGCGUUCGUCCUGAGAAGCUUCAUGUUCAGUGCUGCUGCAGCUCCUCCCAGUCAGUCCAUGGCUGACCAGCAUGAGUCCAUCGACCUCAUGUCUCCUCCAGUGGACCCCCCCGCAGCUGCAGGACACAGCUGGUUCCCUGGACCCCCCCCGCCCGUCUACUCCUGCAGCCUGAGCCCUGAACUGGUGGCCAAGGCGCGGGAGGAGCUACAGGAGAAGCCAGAGUGGCGUCUCCGGGACGUGCAGGCACUGAGAGACAUGAUACUGAAGGAACAGCCGAACCUCCGGACGAGGCUGGACGACUCCUUCCUCCUCCGCUUCCUGCGAGCCAGGAAGUUUGACUACGACCGGGCGCUGCAGCUGCUGCUCAACUACCACGCAGGUCGCCGAGCCUGGCCUGAGGUGUUCCAGGAUCUGAAGCCGUCCACGGUGAAGCACGUCCUGGACCUGGGCUUUCUGACGGUCCUGCCCCGGCCCGAGCCCAACGGACGAUACAUCCUCUGUCUGCGUCCAGGAAAAUGGAAACCCAACGAUUAUCCGUUUGUGGACAACGUGAGGGCCAUUUAUCUGACGCUGGAGAAGCUCAUCCAGCCCGAGGAGACGCAGGUGAACGGCAUCGUCAUCUUAGCCGACUACACCGGCGUGGGCAUGUCGCAGGCGUCCAAUCCGGGGCCCUUCCUCGCCAAAAAGGUGGUGAGCAUCCUCCAGGACGGGUUUCCAAUCAGAAUCAAGGCCGUGAACAUCAUUAACGAGCCCAGGAUUUUCAAAGGCAUCUUCGCUAUAAUUAAACCGUUUCUGAAGGAGAAGAUGGCAGAGAGGUACACCCUCCACGGCUCCGACCUGCGCUCCCUGCACCGGAACAUCCCCCGCUCCGUCCUGCCGGAGGAGUACGGCGGCACCGCGGGCCAGCUGGACCUGUCCUCCUGGUCCCGGCUGCUGCUGGACUGCGAGGAGGAGUUCAUAGUGGAGUUCUGCCAGCCCGAUCCACUAGAGGGUGUGGUGCUCCCAGACUCCAUGUUGUUCGAGGGCGAGCAGGGCAGAGGGCAGGAGGACGACACCUUCAGGGGGCUGCGCUCACAACUCUACUACUGCUACUGAAGCCCCGGGUCGACUCCCAUCGCUGAGAGGACAGUUUAUGUUUCAGUUGAAACGUAACGACGCGGAAAUUUGCCGACGUUCUACAUGAUUUAUUUUACUAACAAAGCAGCACUACUCUAAAUGUUCAUGUAGCCCAGCGAUCAAUCAUGUCUCACAGGCAGCUGCAGACUCCGGAAAGAGGCUUUGACACCAGCUGAUGCAUUUAGAGACGUUUCAUUGGCCUCUGUGGAUUCAUUUACAGUAUUUACAGUGAAGGAAGGAUUCAUAUUAUUUUCUGCAGUAGUCAGGGGUCCAUGUGUGUUUUGAAAGACUUUAUGUAAACAUUCCUCAAAUCCAUGCUGUCCAUUAAAAAUGUCUUUUAUGUGUUUCCAAUGGAAGAGACGGGGGG